GCCUUUCGAACGUUGGCGGAGCUGGGCGUGGCUUCUGGUGAACUCACUCUGGGGAUUGUUGCAGGCAGAGAUGGAGGUGGGCAGUGUGGCCCAAGGGUUGGAGCAGGAGGAGCAGCUGCAGCCCUCCGAGGAAGAGAAGCGGAAGGAGACCGUGGAAGAGUCCCGAAGGCGCCUUUGCUAUGAGUUUGCCUCCAUCAGCAGCACAGAUGUGGCUGUGGCUCAGGGCUUCUUGGCAGAGAAUGGCUGGGACAUGCAAAGAGCGCUGAAUUCCUAUUUCGAGCCACCCCUUGAUGAGCAGCCGGCUACGGACCCAAUGCCCCAGCCUCCUCCUCCUGGAACAGAGACCUUUGUUGACCUUACUGAUGAUUCAACUGACAAUGGAGUAGCUGCUGCUGUAGGAGAGGCAGGUCUCAAGCCACAAGAAGAUGAUAGCACAUUUUCUUUAAUCACCUGGAAUAUAGAUGGCCUGGAUUUGAAGAAUAUUCCAGAAAGAGCACGAGGAGUCUGCUCCUAUCUGGCUUUGUAUAGUCCAGAUGUUGUAUUUUUACAGGAGGUUAUUCUUCCAGUUUUCAACUAUAUACAGAAGAGAGCUGUCAGUUACACAAUUAUUCCAGGUAAUACAGAUGGCUAUUUUACUGCCAUAAUGUUGAAGAAGUCAAGAGUGAGCAUUAUAAAACAUGAAAUAAUACCUUUUCCUACAACCUCCAUGAUGAGAAAUUUGUUAGCAGUACAUGCCACUGUCUCGGGCAAUGAGCUCUGCCUUAUGACUUCUCAUCUAGAGAGCACCAAGGGCCAUAGUGAGGAACGAUUAAACCAGUUGAAACUGGUGUUGGCAAAAAUGAUGGAGGUUCCUGAGUCCACUGCUGUGAUCUUUGGAGGAGAUACCAAUCUGAGAGACAAAGAGCUUGCUAAAAUAGGCGGGUUACCAGACAAUAUUCUGGAUAUAUGGGAGUUCUUGGGCAAGCCAGAACAUUGCCACUACACAUGGGACACAAGCCAAAACACCAACUUGGCAGCACGUUACAAAUGUCAACUUCGGUUUGAUCGCCUCUUCCUCCGAGCGGCUUCUGCUGGCGGACAGAUUAUUCCUAGGAGUUUGGAUUUAAUUGGGCUUGAAAAACUAGAUUGUGGCAGAUUUCCUAGUGAUCACUGGGGCCUGUUUUGUAAUUUUGAUGUGGUACUAUGAAAAGAAUUAUUUUUUAAAGGCACCAUUCUUCAACAUUCCCUUUUCCCAAUAUUUCACAUCUUGCUAAAUUUUAAACGGGUUCCAAGAUGUCUUCAGAUUCACACUUCCAAGGAAUUAAUCUACUCCUUGUGCUGUUGCUUGUAUCUUGCCUAAUAAAAGGAGUCAAAUGCCCUAUCGUAUGAUUUUAGCUUCUUGCUGCUUAUGUGCUCUUCUGGAGAAUGUUAACUCUUUUGCAAAAUGAAUGUUUUGCAUGUUUAUAAGUUUUAUACACUAUUCCCUAAAUUAGAACAGAAUAUUUCAGUAAAUUUUAAAUACUCCUGUAUGUAAAUAAUUUUGUGCUUAAUAAAGAUAGUUUUCAAGGA